GCCGCACACAGGUUUUGAUGACGUAGAUUCGUCGGAUGGAUUUCCACCAAUGUCUCCUCGCCCCAGCUCUCCACAGAAGAAAAUCUCAAACGUGUCACUGGGUUCUGUGUCGGAUCUGUUUGGCCCAGAAUCACCGACUCGCCCAGGUCCCCCACGGUCAAGAGCGUCUGACUUGUCAGUGAUGUCUACCGAGUCUGCGUUUUCAGUUGAGUCUGAUGAUUUUGACGCAGCGCCUCAAGUUUGGUGUAAAAUCACAUGUUUUGAGAGAGAAAAUCCCCAAGGAGAAUUCUUUAUUGAUCGCCCUUCAAUCAUUGUUGAUGGCUCUGACAAUGCUUUUGACGUAACAAGAAUCGGUCUGGGAGUUUUACCACCAAGUUCUGACCCCAAGGUUACAAAAGUUCGCAGCUGCGUGGGAAAGGGUGUGGAGAUUGUGAACGACGAACUGGGCAAUGUUUGGGCGACUCGUGGAAGCAAGAAUAAUAUUUUUGUAAAGGGUCAUUACUUAUCCGAGGAUGUGAUCGCUUUGCAAGGUAGCUUGGAUAAAGAUACCACGCUGCAAGUCUUUGAUUGGGAAUCUUUCGCGGUUACAACUCGCCAUUACUGCUUGCAGCCUAAGAACUUUGAUUCCAAUAUCGAGACAAGCAUCUUAGCGAGUACCUCGAUCUACUUUAGCUUUGUAACAGAUGGAGACGAAGACGUUGACACUCCAUGUUGGAUUCAACUUGACGUGUUGCCAGCCUUAGAGCAAGGACAAGCUGCCUGUAAAUAUGCCCGCGAUAAAAAGAUACAGGAGAAACAAAAGAAGCUGAAUUCAUUACCGCCAAUUCUUCGUCCCAAGACUAAGAAAUCCCGCGAGCUGGCAGCCGUGGCGCAUUUUCAGCAGAAGAUCCGUCCCCGACGAUUUGUCGACACGGACAAGUUCAACAGGAAGCAAUGGGCGCGAACAGAGGUGGCUAUCAACCCCUUCCUUUAUGGUAAAAAGGACGAGCUGACUAUGGUUCGCCAGAGCCCCUUAAAAACACUUCUGAGCAACGACGACCCCGAAGAAAACCUCUAUGGCGCCUCCCCUUUACCCCAGUCCCUGUCGGCCGCAUUUGGCAAUAGCCCUGACGUCACGGAUGCGGGACCUGGGCAGACCAGUGAUAGGGAAUUACAUUUUGGACAAGGAGGCCGGAAUGAGGGGUUGAAUCAAGGGAGGGACGAUACGGUGGCAGCAGCAUCUGGUCUCGAGAAACCCAAGAAAGUCUGGGCAAAGAAAAGGUUCGUUGAUAAAAAGGCUGAUAAGGCGAAGAAACGAUCUUCAUCUAAAUUUAAGUAACACUGACAUAUUGCACCGUAGCCACUCCAGUCACCUUAGCAGUCGUAAUUUGGGUCGUUACGCAACGCUUUGUCACGCAACGGUUCAGUCACAGCGUUGCGUGACGAUCCAGAUCGGGUUUAAUUGUGAGGGAGACUAAAAAGAUGUAACGCAAAACGGCGAUAUUUUUUGUAAGGGAGACUAAAAAGAUGUAACGCAAAACGGCGAUACUUUACCGCAAAUUAUAUUUAUGUCAUGUAGUUAAAAUACUUAAUCGAGAGAACAAGUCGCAUUUUUCGUCAAGGAUGUUGCUAGGUAACGCGACCUGUCCUCGUGAGUGUAGUGCUUGUAACUCGUACUUGAUUCUGAUUGGACACAAAAAACCGGAAAAGCCUGUUGCCGUGAUGCUCUCUUGACUAAACGCGCCGCCUGGUUGGUAUUAAUUUAUAUAUUUCUUAGAAAUUUCUUGUGGAUGAAGACGGAGUAAAUGGGAUGAGUAAACUCGGCUUUCAAUCGAUUCCUCUCUGAUUGGUCGUGUGAGUCUGGACACGAAAAAUUCCAUUCUGAUGACGUAGCUCUACAGAAAUCCUUGCCUCUGAUUAGAUAUUCCUUGCGCGCGACAAACAACCAUAGACACUACACGAGUCUCCUGAGAGCUAUGUCAUCAGAAUGGAAUGUUUUGGACUGAAUAUCGGACAUCACCCGAUUGAGAGGAAAAAUAAACACGUACGUUAAGACAUUGGUGAGUUUACUCAGAGGUAGAAUUAAACCGAUGCAGAAUUAUUUUGAUGCAGAAACGUCUCGCGUAGAUCUUCUAUAGACGGUAUUUUGUAAAAGGGUAGAAGCGCGAGAAUUUUCGUAAGGUUUAAGUAGCGUUCUUUUUAACCAAGCUAAAUCCGGAUUUUGCGAUGGGAAAGAAGAUUUCUCAUUUCAUUGAUGGCCAAACCAAUCUUAUAUUGCAAUCCAAACAAUGUACGUCCGAAGAUGGAUCGUUCAGAUCGGAAACCAAAGCUGGCUUUUAGGUUUUGUUUCCAUUUGAGCGAACAGAACGAAUUCCAUCCUUGUUUUGAACAAAAAUCAUUUCCAGGCCCAGGUUGUUGUUGCUCGAUCGUCCUGUCGAUCUAAUUUUUAGAUUUUUGUUCCAGCCUCCUUGAACAUUCAAACAUCCUGGAUUAACUGAAUCCCAGACUGUGUUGCUUAAUAGAAACGCUACCUUAAACAGUGCUUAUUUUUUGCUCAUUAUUACACAAAUAUGAGGAAGCGACAGGAAGUACAUAUAUUAUUUAUAGUUACAACAUAAUCCAAUUAUAACGAGCGCUCUGAUUGGCUGAAAGCCAUCAAUUAUAGCGUGAUCUCAAAACGGAGUAAAACACAGUCUUGUUUGAGGAGAGCACAGCAAGAUAAACAACAAAAACGUGUAAGGUAGCUUGAAACUGCUUUUGAAUCAGAUCAUACCGUAAUGCACAACAAAAUGGCUUUGCUAGUUAGCAAUAUAGAGAUCCUCUUGAAGCUUUCUGACGGUUCACUCUUUUCCAGUCUCUGUCAACAAGUUAAAUCGCGGAGUCACGGGCAAUCAAUGUUGGCAAGGUGAUAAAACGAAGGAUUCUCGUUCAAUCUURGAAGAGACAGCGACUYUGCCGCAAUAUACUGACUUAUUUAAGGUCGUUCGCAAUCAAGCAAUCACACUGAUAGAUCUCGUAGUUAAGGCGGGGGUCUGCAUGAAGGCCGUAUUUUUGCUGGGUAUUAUGGUUUUAAUGCAAAUAUCUCGUUCACGUUUCAAGCAGUCAAGAAUCUCUCUGCUC